GUAGCCGCACAGGUUUACGCACAGUGUUACUUGCGCGGGGAAAAACGGAACAAAUAAACACGCGACAGCCAAUCAUACUCGAUCUUUGCAGAGCUACUUUAUCGUCAGCGUGGAAGUUUUGCGUUGAAUACGGUAAAAUAAUACCAGACAUCUUGUAGAGGAUGAACUUAGGACGCAAAAGGAGAUGCUGCUUUACCCGGACCACUAGACUUGCUUCUUAUUUAGACGAAGUGUUAAAUUAGUAAGAUUUGCACUGUGUCAGUUGCACUUUUUUACUCUGAGUUCACGACCUGAAGAUUUUUACUUUUGUAAAUUUACAGAGGCGCUGACGAUUCCAGUAAACAAGAAUUCUCUUCAAAUGUUCCCGAGCAAGUUAUCAGCAAAGCUGUCCUCGUGGCAACCAGCCACGUUCGAAGAAUUUGUGGAAAAAGCGGAGUUGAAAAGUCUUAUUGACGAAGGAUUCAUUCAAGAAAGUGACAUGCUCUUUCAUGCGGUGUUUGAGAGAAAUAAAAUGCGUCUCAAGGCAUCAGUGGUCUUGUCUCAGGAAUAUCCGACAACGCCGCCAUUAUUCUCAAUUGAAAUAACUUGCGGACAAACUGUGAUAAGGGACAGCUUUACCAAGGCGAUAGAAGCAGAAGGGAAUGUUUUCUACCCGGAACUCACAGCACGUGACUCAUCUUUAAAUCUCUUAGCCAAUCAGCUUCGCCGUCUACAGAUGUGUUUUGAUGUUUAUUUGGAGUGUGGUAGUCUGAAUGAUGUGGAUGGCGCUGAAAAAUUCGAUCGCGAAAAGUUCUUUCUUCGCGUUAAAAAGGGUCGGGAUCGACGCUUACCUUUGAAGUAUGACUCAAACCAAGGACUGUUUACUCAAAGAUAGCGACACCUUAUGAGUCUGAAUGCCAGAGGCCUUUUUCGCGCGCUUUCGAGGGUAGACGAGCGGUCACACGCGAGGACGUCUCGAAAUCACGUCGAGAAAACAUCCGUACACUCGUUGUAACCGUAUUUUAGGAAUCCAUGGCGUAGACUAGGCCAUACUUUUGUAAUUUUAAAGUGGUCCUUAAUUAAAUUUUCUUCGUAAGUAUGUUGACGGUACGUUUUUUAUUAUUAUUUUUUUUCUUUCCUCUCCGUUAGGCCAUGUUCCCUUAACCGAUCUUUGUCGUUAUUUUGUUUUGACGUUUUUGUAUUUUACUCGAAUGUGUUGCUGUACAGGGGUCCGUUUCUUGAAGGUCCCGAAAAGUUUCGCACCCGGAAAGCCGCAGCAAAAUCUCAAACCUUAUGAUUACAGAUCUGUUUUAUUCACUUAUUAUCAAUAUGAACAGGGGUUCUCUUCAUACAAGGACUUCCAGGCGUGUACACCUCUCUGUUUUU